UGGGUACCUUUAGCGAUGGAAUGGGUACCUUUAGCGAUGGAAUGGGUACCUUUAGCGAUGGAAUGGGUACCUAUUUAAACUCCACUAUUGAUCGCAAGGCUGUAUUUCGCGUUGGUUACAGCGCGGACAAUCUGGACUUAUUCGAUACAGAAUCAGACGACAUAUUCAGCAGCGUCAUCGGCCCCAUAUUCAACCAGAGAACCCCCCACUCCAUCUCCAACAUAACCCUCUCUGACGACCCUCGCGUGCUCAAGAUUCGCACUCUCUCACCUCUACUAGCACUGUUCGAUGAUGAUGAUGAUGAAACCUCUAAAACCCCCACAACUGAGACUCCGACACAAACUGAGGCUCCAACGCUCACAAUUAAUUAUGCUCAAAGACGUCCGGCAAAUCGUGGUCAAACCCAAAAAGAAAACACCACACGACCACCGGAAUGGACGCUUCUCAGAACUCAAAAUAAACGAACCGAAAACAUCUACAAGCUCCUUUACAAAAACCCUGAAACCAAAUACGAGUUCGAGCAAAUACUCGAGCAGCCGGUACCUACCGUCCCCGACUUCACAGUUGACGAGUUUAACGAAACUACAAAAAGAUUCAACCAAUUGUAUGCUCUGUUUGAGAACAGUACAGAUGACACGAGCAUGUCUCGCAGACUAUAUUCCGAGAACCCGCGGCGACAGAACAGGAAUCUGCUCAUGAACCUGCGUCCCUACAAGCGGGACCCGAUCGCUCCGGUAGUGCGGGAGCAUAACAUUGAGAAGUUACAAGCUUUGGCCAGUCAUUUUGGCCUUUCGAGCUCUGUGUCUGAUGAUUUGAUAAGACAAUCCGUCCAAUUAUAUUACAAAGACCGCAGAGCGUUGGAGAGGACGGUGGGACUCAUGGCGCAGUUCGUUUACGGCGCUCAAAACAAAUUUUUAUACGCGCAGAAACUCAGGGACCGGUACAAGGAGGUGCCCCGAUACCAAAUGGGCUACUCUUUCGCUGUUUUGGAGAAUUUGAACCUACAGUUUUACAUGGGGUAUUUUUCGGUAGCGCAGUUUCGGAAAACUAAAAUCAAAUUGUCUUAUAAUGAAGAAAUGAUGUACAUGCUGAAGGUUUAUGAAAGGAUGUUGCGGAUUAGGGUGGAGUUUAGUGAAAUAUGUAAUUACAUAAGGGCGCUCGAGUUCGAACGAAUGCGAAGGGAGAGAUUGAGGAUGGGACAUGAAGACGAAAAAGAUAGAAUUUAUAAACCACCCACCAAGCCCAGUUCAAAAUAUUAUAGUGCGACCAAAGAUAGGAGUAAAAAUAAUAAGAAAAAAUAAAUGAGGGCGCCAAUGUGCUUUAGUUGGCUAUACUUACUUAUUAUUCGACAAGCCUCAAGCAAACUCGUUUUCAAACGACUGCUCCGCAAGCAUCUUCUGACAGAAGGAUUUGAAAAAUAAUGUUCAUCAUCAUAUAUUAUCUAAAUUAUAUACUUACAUUAGUCCUUAGAAUAUUUGUUU